GUAGUUGGACUAGGAAAGUUAGCAGUCAUUUCUUGCUCUUUACUCAUCUUUCUUUUCUUAUAAUGAAGGAAAAUCUUCCAGUCAAUACUUUCUGAAGGCUAUCAGUAACGUUACUAUGGUGAGUUAUCGCCUGCUCUUUGUUUUAUGGUUAUUAUCAUCCAUGUCUUCUCAACUAUUUAUCUCAUAUUCGCUUGAAUUAAUUAACUCAACCCACCCUUUGAAAGAUGGAGACACUUUGGUUUCGGCAGGUGGAAAUUUUGAGUUGGGAUUCUUCACCCCUGACAAUUCUGAUAGAAGGUACCUUGGAAUCUGGUACAAGAAAAUUCCUGUGCAAACUGUGGUUUGGGUAGCCAAUCGGGAGGUGCCACUCGAGACUCUUGUGAGUUCUUCAGCAGCCAUGCUUAGACUCACUACCGGGUCAGUCCUUGAGCUUGUCAAUGGCACAGGUGCUGUUGUUUGGGAAACCAACUUGACAAGAACUGUGAAGAAUCCGGUUGCUGAGCUUUUAGACUCCGGAAAUCUUGUCAUUAGGGAUAUGGAUGGUAAUCAUAAAAAUGGUGAUGGUUUUUUAUGGCAGAGCUUUGAUUUUCCGUGUGACAUCCAGUUGCCUGGGAUGAAGCUGGGAAAGGACUUGGUCACAGGGCUUGAUCGGUACCUCACUUUCUGGAGAAGUAGCGAUGAUCCUUCACUAGGAAGCUAUACAUAUCGUCUUGAUUACCAUGGUUACCCGCAACCAGUUCUGAUGAAAGGCCACAUGGAGCAGUAUCGGAACGGACCAUGGAAUGGAGUAAGGUUCAGUGGUAAUCCAAGUCUGAAGCCUAACCCUUACUUCACCUUUGACUUUGUCAUGAAUUCUAAGGAAACAUAUUAUGUUUAUGAACUUCUCAAUAACUCGGUCAUUUCUCAUAGGAUCUUGAACCCCUAUGGGACCAUGCAAAGGCUUGUUUGGAGUGAUCAUGUACAAGGAUGGGUAAUGUACUUGACUGCGCAGUCUGAUAAUUGUGAUACAUAUUUUCUGUGUGGUAAGUUUGGAAGUUGUAAGCCAACUCUCCUGAAUGUGGGUGUUUGAAAGGUUUCAGUCCAAAAUCACCUAGUGAUUGGAAUUCCGGGGAAUGGUCAAAUGGGUGUGCGAGGAAGACCCCUUUGAGUUGUAAUGGAGGAGAUGGCUUUGUCAAGUAUACCAACGUCAAGCUGCCUGAUACGCAAUAUUCCUGGUAUAACACGAGCAUGAACCUUGAUGAAUGCAGGAACAAGUGCUUGUCUAAUUGCUCCUGUUGGGUUGUUAAAUUUGUUACUCUGAACUUCAACUUUAAUUUGGGCACUUUGGUAGGCUAUAAUGUUGUGUUUAUGCUAUCAUCGAUAUUCGAUAUGUAUCAGCAUAUUAUCACAAUGUGGGUAUUGUUGGAUUAAAGAGAGUAAAA